CGAGCAUCGUCCUCCGCGGAGCGCAGCGCGCUUCUGCCUUGCGCUCCGUGCGGCGGCUGGGCGGCCCCCUCAGCCCCCUUGCGGGGGCAGCCAUGGCCUUCACCGUGCUGGGGCCCGUGGCCGCCCACGUGCUGUCCCCGGAGCUGGGCCUCUUGUCGGAGGAGGACGGGGAGAACCGCAGCGAGAGCGGCGCCUCGGACCGCUCGUACGGCUGCUGCGAGGGCCGGCGGAAGGGCGGGCGGCCGGGCGGGCACCGGCCGGUGGUGGUGGUGAAGCAGCGUCAGGCCGCCAACGCCCGCGAGCGGGACCGGACGCAGAGCGUGAACACGGCCUUCACCGCGCUCCGCACGCUGAUCCCCACCGAGCCGGUGGACCGCAAGCUCUCCAAGAUCGAGACGCUGCGCCUGGCCUCCAGCUACAUCUCGCACCUGGCCAACGUCCUGCUGCUGGGCGAGGGCUGCCAGGACGGGCAGCCCUGCUUCCGUGCCCUCUGCGGCGCCAAGGGCGAGGGCGGCCCGGGCGGCCCGCCGCGCUCCAUCUGCACCUUCUGCCUCAGCAACCAGCGCAAAGGGGGCAGUCGGAGGGAGCUUGGUGGGAGCGGUUGCUUGAAGGCGAGAGGGGGGAACCACGUGAAGAUGCUACGGAGGUGAGCUGAGGGCAGCUCUCUGUCUACGAAGGCCAGCCAAGGGGGAUCCGUGCCGCGGACAACUGGAUUUUGUCUUCCUGACUGGGGCAGUUGGGGGUAAUGGAACCUGAUGCUGGUGGGUUGAAAGCCCCACUUACAAGCGGGGCUCUGCCGUAUGGACUCGGAGGAGACUGAGCCGGAUGGAAGCUGUCCCUGCGUUGGAUUGCGACCAGGAACCGGGGCUGCAACAGAGGGACUACGUAGCCCUGCCACGGACUUUGGUUGAGCCUCUAAGAGACCUUCGCCUGUUCCGGGGAGGGUGGCCGGAGCAGGAGGCCGGAGCCGGCCGGGGGGACAGGAAAAGUGCCAGCACUCCUGGCUUGGAUCUCUAGCCUCUCUUUGAAAGGACAGUCUUGAGACCGAGCUCCAGAUGUUCGCUCUGCAACUUCCAACAUUCUCUGAAGCCGUUCCCCGAACCCCCCAGCUGCUGGCCAUGCUGACUGAGGGAUUCUUGGAACGGGAGUUUGUAGGAGGAGAGCUGAGUUGAUCUACGGUGGCAAAAAAUCAGGAGUUGGGCAGCAGUUUCCCGACGAACACGCUUUAUUCAAAGGCUUUCGUUGCAAAAGGGCUUCUGCCGUCAAAUAAAACGCGUUCGUCGGGAAAAGCCCUGCCAGAUUCCUUCUGAUAGUUUGGAUCUGGAGUUGCAAGACCCGCAAAAGACGAAGGGAAAGUUGGAAAAGGGCUGGGCUGGAAGACUGAACUCUAUUGCUAAUCUAUGAGGUCACCGUUGUAAUGUUAUUUCCUUAUUCAGCGGGCUUAAAAAUAAAGAUUUUUUUUUUCCCCUCUCA